UUGUCCCACUGGGCUGCUCUAAAGUUGAUGACAUUAUUGAUUGGCGCUGACGAAGGUCGCUCGAUCGUAUGUGGCCAAGAGCAAGGAGCGCGAGGUUAACAAGUGUUGGACUUCGCGUCUUCGAUGCCGGUGGCGCGCGCCACACGUGCAAAGAGCUCUCUCCACCUGGGUCCACUUGGCUCACAUCACCUCCCUUGUCUUAGCACCAAUCGACACAUCUGAUUUUGGCUGGCCGAGCGGGAAACAAGCAAGCAAGGCGGCCCGGCCAUGGACACAGUCGAAGGCGACCGGUUCGUCGCCGACUGCGCCAAGCACAUUCGAGCCAAUGAGGCGAGGCUGAGCGAUGCGGCGCGCACCUCGCAGUCACUAGCAGCAUGGGCCAAUCCGAUUGCAUGGAUCGGCCUAGGGCAGACGGCACCGGAACAGGGAACAGGCAAGGGCAAGGGCCCAAGUGCAGUUUCAGCCAUGGCUCAGCGACCACCGAUGCCGCUCAAGCUGACGUCGCAUCACAUCUACUACCUCCUGAUUCGCUUCGAGGGCCUCCAUCUCAGCGUGGGCCAGCUCGACGUCCGGAUCCCCUCGGCCUCGCGGCCAUCGUCGUACUUUGCCUUUGUCUCGAGCUCAGCCGCUGGCGGAGGCAUGCGCGCAAAGGACACGAGCGAUACCAUGAGUAUCAGCAGCCUCCGCAGCACCGUGUCUGCCUUUGGCUCGAUGAGCCUGGGCGCAGCCUCUGGCACCUUCUUUGGCGCAGAGAAGCCCAACCCUGUGAGGGAUGUAAAGUACAUCUAUUCUGCCCUGACGAAAAUACCCGCGCUUCGGAUAGGACCGUCGCCAUUGAAGCUCAUCAAAGACUUCGAAGACUGCCCCGGAGACAAGUCGGUACCUCUCGAGGUCUUCAAGAACGUCCAAGUCCUUGAAAUGGAAGACGUCGAUCCCCGCACCUUUUUGGGGUGGGACAGGCUGAGCUUCCAGCUGCGCAGCCUGUCGAUCAAGCGCAGUGGACUCGAGGAUGUGACCGAUAUCCUCGUCGAUGCCGUGCUCAACGACUGCAAGCGACGAAGGGGCGAGAAGGUGCAGCAUCGUGUGAGGAUAGUACACUCGCCAAACGACAACGAUGUUGACGAAGUGGAGACGGACCCCUCGUCUUCAGCUUCCUCAUCUCCAUCGCCAAGAGACGAAGAUCAGGCUGCGCCGCCUCCAUUACCAAGCCUGUCCUGGCACUUUCUUCGCCACCUCUGCCUCGCCGAAAACAGCCUGACGUUUGUCCACAUGGCACCCCUGCACGCGCUCGAGUCGCUCACCUCGCUCGACCUGUCGAACAACUUGCUAAAUGCCGUCCCGCCGGCUCUGUCGCUGCUGCCGAAUCUGAGGAGUCUCAACGUGUCCAACAACCUCAUCGAUUCGGUCCUGGGCAUCCCCACGGCUCUUCCUGCCAUUGAAGCGCUGAACCUGUCGCACAAUCGGCUCGAGAGCCUAUGCGGCCUUGAGCGUCUCUCGACACUGAAGCGCAUCGACCUUCGCAACAACGAGGUCUACGAUGCGGGCGAAGUAGGCAGGCUGGCCACGCUCGAAGGCGUCCGAGAAGUAUAUGUGGCGCAGAAUCCGCUGCAGGAGGAGUACGACGACGCGCGGCUCGAGGUCUUUGUCGAAUUUGCUAGGGAGGGGCUCGUCGAUGUUCACGAGGUCAAGCUGGACGGCGAGGUGCCGGGCUACUUUGAGCGGCAGAGGAUCGCGGAGAGGGUGCCGAGGAUGCGGCGGCACACGAGGGAGGAGACGCCUUCUGCCGAGGAGGCUCGCGAGCCAGAGGAGCAGGCGAGCGCGCAGCGCCAGGCGGCCGACGAGGAGGCCGAGGCGGUCAACAACAAGGCGACUGUCAAGGCCGUCAAGCACCGGCCUCAGGCCUCGCACACCCACCGUGUGACGUCUGCCUCGGCGUCUUCAGCCUCUGCUGCCCACGCUGGUCCGUCCAGAUCGCGCCUCGACGCUGCCGGUCAAAGGCAGAGGGGUCAAUUAGACGGGCAACAACGCGACUCGUCCAUUGAUGCAAGGAGGAGGAACCGAAGGGUGGUGGAGCUCAAUAGCAAUAGCAACAGCAGCAGCAGCAUCCCAGGCGGAGAGGGCAAGGUCAAGGACGACGGUGCUGCAGAGCUCAGCGACUCGGACGCCAUCAAGAAGGCAGCGCUGCAGGGAGAUACGAACUUGGCGCUGGGUUGGGUCCCUUCUUCGGAGCUGACGAGAGGAGGCAGCGGCAGCAGCAAUGGUGGCAGACCUCGGUCGAUUGUCGUUGGUCCUGCGAAGGCUUCGGCAGCGCUCGGUGAAGGUGCCCAAGGCUCGUCGUUGAAGAAGCAAGAGGGGGGAGGAGAGGCUGAGGCGAGGUUAGGGAAGGAGAAGGCGACGAAGCGAGCUAAUGCUGACGCCAUCAAGGCCCGGAGGAAGGAUCCGGUGGCCGCUGCCGGUGCCAGCGGAGAAGGGACGGGCGGUGACAGCAGCGCCACCAAGGGUAGCAGUGUCCGCACGCAGGCAAACGGCGGCAACAACAACAACAACAACAACGACCUGCGCAGGCGCAUCGAGGCGCUCAAGGGCGAAGUCGGAGAUGACUGGCUGAGGCUGUUGAGCCGAGGCGAGAGCGUGUAUGUUGCCAACGAGCCAGCAAAAGAGGAGGAGGAUGAGGAUGACCCAGAGCAGAAGGGUGCCGGAGCAGAGAACAUGAAGGAGGUUCACUAGCAUACAGGACAGUGAAAUGACGAUACCCAGACUAGACAAUAUCUGUUUUGAGGAUG